AUGCCGAAAGUGAGCGAGAAACAAAAACUUCUUAAAUUAUUAGAAGUAGCUGCAUUAAAUGAUUUAAUGAUUAUCGACAAUUUUUGUGAGGACGAAGAAGAGAAGACAAUAAAAGAAGAUUACAUAUUGGAGGAACUGCUGAUUGUUUUGGCCCUGGGCGAAGAAUGCAGAUACAGUGUGCYKUUUAUUCAAAAUAGUGUGCCUAAGUGUAAGGAAUUCUUAAACGACGUGUUAURGGAACUUGAUGAGACUAGAUUCAAGAARAUUAYACRCGUAAACUGGAAAACCUUCGACUUUAUUUUAAAUUUAAUAAAGGACGAUGCGUCGUUCAACCAAAUACGUUCUUGCAAACAAUUCCCUCUCAAAACACAAUUAGCAAUCGUAUUAUAUCGCUUAGGCUCAAACGGUGAAGGCGCUCCUCUGUCUAAGAUUGCUGGCUUGUUUGGAAUUAGUGAUGGUGGUAUCAAUCAGAAUUUGACUGACAGAAUUUUUAAAGCACUGUUMAAGCAUAAAGAUCAGUAUCUGUUUUGGCCAAAUAGCGAUGAACGUAAAAAGCUCGUGUCAGAAACCUGGGGUGAAUUGCCAAACUGCGUGGGAUACGUCGAUGGUACUGAAAUUCCUUUGGCGGAAAAACCUUCUCAAGACCCAGAAGCUUACUUUUCACGAAAGCACCAAUACUCAGACCAUUCGCUUCAAAUAAGACAUUUAGUGUUAGGCUAUCUAGGUAGCGUACAUGAUGCACGUAUUUUUAGUAACUGCGAAUUGUCGAAUGACGCCGAUGUGUUUUUUGGAGGAGCUGAAUGGAUCGCAGGUGACAGUGCCUAUAAAUUGUCACGAACUUUAGAGAAAACUCUAGAGAACUAA